AUGAAAUAUCCUGAAGCAGGCACUGGUGCUUCUUCCGUCUGUUCAUAUCUAUCUAUCUAUCUAUCUAUCUAUCUAUCUAUCUAUGCUAGUCUGUUCAUAUCUAUCUAUCUACUUUCUUAUGUACUCCUUUUCUUAUUUUCUUUGUCUAUCUAUCUAUCUAUCUAUCUAUCUAUCUAUCUAUCUAUCUAUCUAUCUACUUAUGUACUCCUUUUCUUAUUCUCUUUGUCCAUCUAUCUAUCUAUGCUUUCAUAUGCACUCCUUUUCUUAUUCUCUUUGUCUGUCUGUCUAUCUAUCUAUCUAUCUAUCUAUCUAUCUAUCUAUCUAUCUAUGCUAUCUGUUCAUAUCUAUCUAUCUAUCUAUCUAUCUAUCUAUCUAUCUAUCUAUCUAUCUAUCUAUCUAUCUAUCUUAUCUAUUUUCCUUUUAUUUACUCUUUUUUUUAUUUUAUUUAUCUAUCUAUCUAUCUAUCUAUCUAUCUAUCUAUCUAUCUAUCUAUCUAUCUAUCACUUUUUCUCUAUACCUCCCCAUUCGACAACCACCACCAACUUCCAACUUCAAUCACUGCCCACUCCUUCUGAUUCCCUCCUCCACCCGCCUCCACUGGCUUUCGAUUUUCGUCUUCUUAAAAUUUUAUAA